CUUCCUUCCGGCCUAGACCGCCGCCGCCAUGGACAGCCGCGCCUCGGGCUUCUCUGGGUUAGGAAUAAGCAAUCAGGAACUUGAGAAAAGGGUCUCAUUCCGACAGUCCCUCCAGACUUUAAAAACCCAAAAGAGUGUUUCUGCCUUGAAUACACCAUCUCAGAAGAUAUCACUCCUGAAGAAACAGAAAAGCCUGGUUCAUUCUAGCAGCCAAUUGUCUUCAUGGCCUUCGUAUGCCCCGGGACAAGUGAUCUUGCAGAACCGAAAACCUUGUGCUCUUCCUGAUUGGCAACGCCCCACCAAAGUUCCCAUUUCUGGUUCUCUCGCAAAGCCACGCUACCUUGAAGAACUGGAAUCCUAUCUGCGGAAAGAGCUGCAAGCUCUGGAUCUGACGAAAGGGAAAGUUCAGGAACUGAAGCUCCAGCCUUAUAGAGAAGUAUUUGAAUUCUUCAUGGAAGAGUUUAAAACGUACAAGCCUUUACUGGCUUCCAUCAAGAAUGAGUACGACCUCACGAUAGCACAUCUACAGCAGAAGCUCCACUCCUUGGAAGCCGUAAACGCCGUCCUGGUCACGGCCUCCGACCAGUGUACCCAGCAAAUCCUGGCACUCCAGAAGCAAGAGAAAAUGGAAAUAACCACACUGAAGAAAGAGAGACUCUAUCUGCUGGAACUCAUUGACCAGAUGAGAGAGGAGAAGAGUUCUCUGGAGAUGCAGGUGUAUAAGAUGCGAAAGGCCGUGGCUGAGGAAUACCUCCGGUACCUGAAUGAGUGCGAUGCACGCAAAAUGCUGAUUAUAGAUCUGAACGAAAUGUAUCGCCUGAAGGAAGAAAUGAAGCUCACUAAGGUCCAAGAUGAGAGAGGCGAAGACACCGUCAAGCUGACGCUGGCAUUAAAGAUGGCACGCCAGGACCUCACCAAAGCCCAAGUAGACCUGAACACCAUGAGAGCCAACUAUGGAGAUGUCGUGCCCAGGAGAGAGUUCGAGUUGCAAGAAAAAAAUUACAAUGAGUUGGGUGAGAAGAUGGAAGCUCUCCAGAAAGAUUUUGUGAAUCUCCAAAUGGAAUAUGACACAUUGCUAGAGGUGCACAAGCAAGUUUCUGAUGAGCGCGACCAAUACCAUAACGAACUCAUCAGUGUCCAGCGUGCCUCCACCCCUCGGCCCGACUGGGACAAGUGUGCAGAUGUGAUUGCUGGUGGCCUUGAUCGCUGGAGCAUUUUGUCCGAAGGCAAAUCUAGUGACCAGCUGGUGGACGUACUUUUGGAAGAUCUUGGCACGGGACUGCUCAAAGAAAGAGAGGCCUUUGUGGGGAAGGGGAAGAAUGAGAAGGUCCCUGUCUUCCUGAGGUGUGACGGCCUGGUUAGAAACAAGAAAUUAUCCAAAAAGGAGGUUGUGGCCCUUCUAAGGGAAAUCUGGCGAGAUAAAAAUACAUUUGAUCAACAGAAAGGAAAGCGAUCCAACCUGGCCGAGUUCUUCCUAAACUUCUUCCAGAAAAAGUAUGGCGACGUCUUUGCUUUCGACUGGACCUACACCAUCUUCGAAAAUAUCAAACUGUAUAAAUCCAACGAAACGAUGACCACGUUCUACAACAUUCUGAUGGGAACCCUGGACGAAGGCGUCUACCACAGCCACAUCCUGCAGCUGAGCACACUGUUCAGGGAGCUGACGCUUGCCGACACUGCCAGCACUGGACAGCUCACCAACGAACAAUUUACCCUCGCCCUCAGGACAGCUUUCCCUUCAAAAACUGAAGAAGAGAUCCAAGAACUCCUCGAUGCCGCAGGAUGCAAAUCUGAGCUGGACAGCAUCACGUACCGGUCCCUGUUCUUAGAGGACGAGGAGGGGAAAACAGAACUCCUGGUUACCAAAAUCAAGAGCCAGUCUAUGAACGAGAAGCUGACGUACCUGCGUGAGCUCCGCACUGAAUUAGGAAACCGGCUGGAGGUGAAGCCGGAGGACCUGAGGGCCGCCUUCUGCGCCAUUGACCCGGGCCUGCCUGAGCCAGCGCUCGACUCUUACGUCUCUUGGGCGUUCCAGCUCCCCAAGGAGCAACCGGAUCCUGCAGAGACCCUGCAUGUAGACCUCCUGAUGCAGAGGCUGAUGAACGGAGAUAUUCGGCGGCAAGAAGUUGUUCCGGGAGAGGCAAAGAACGCGCCCGCCCCUCUCGCGGGAGAAGAAACCGAGGGCCCUGCCAACGCCUGACUCGCCUCCAUCUCCUCCCUCUCCCUCUCCCUCUCUUCGGAAGUUCACGGAGGAAUGACCGUUUAGUGAGAAGUAGCCAGGACUCAGCUGACUUCACUGAAAAGGUGAGCGUAAAACACAACUCCCCUUGGAACCGUCCUUUCCGAACCCAAAUGAAUGAAUAAGAGAUUUCCACCAUAACACAACACUGUUAUUAACAACCCACUGGCAUUGGGAACAUGCAACUUUAAGUUCUCGAGCCAGAUUGUCAUGAUUCACCGAGGGAAGGGAGCACGCCUUCAGACCCAGUCCCAGGAAGAUCACAGGUUGUGCACACAAACUCAAAGACUUUUCCGCCACAACUGGAUGAUGAAACCCAACACCCGGUUUAAAAUGUACACUUUGUUUAUUUUGCUUUUUAAAGUUUCAGGCCCAUGUCCAAAUCUAAAUAGAUGCCAAGGCCCCAAAAUGGAGGUAUUCAAAAAAGAAAGUACUGGAAAGAGAAAGUGACAAAAGAAGCCGCUUCCCUAAUGGUUGGGCCAGUGGGCUGAGGAACAAAAGGCCAUCUCCAGAUUUGCAGCUGUGGAACCCGGGACCAGCAGCCAGGAAACAAGCCACGGGAC